CCUCGACUCUCCAGCUCCAGCUCUCAUCGCGUUGCGCACGGGCAAAUUAUAAGCCUCGGCGAGCGGCCCGCCGCUGCCAGGUCAGCGCUGGCGCCACGCCACGCUGCUUCGUCGUCGUCCGUUCUCCGGUGACCGUACGUGGGGAUGAGGCAGCUGGGGCGCCGGCUCUCGCGAGUCGCGGACUCCUCCUCCUCCUCCACCUCCUCCCCGUCGCCACCAGAGACGGCGAAGCGGCGGGGCGUCGGCAAGGCGGGCGCCGCGGUGCCGGAGGGCCACGUGCCCGUGGACGUCGUGGAGGAGGGGUCCGACGCCGAGGCGGAGCGGUUCCUGGUGCGGGCCGAGCUGCUGGGCCGCCCGGCGCUGGCCGAGCUCCUGGGCCGCGCCGCCCAGGAGUACGGGUACGGCCGCCGGGGGCCGCUACGGAUCCCCUGCUCACCCGCCGCCUUCCGCCGCGCGCUCGCGAGCCUCGACGGCUCCGGCGGUGACCACGACGGCUAGGCAGAAUUGCUGAAUUGGACGGAAGGCGUCGGGUUACCUGGAAGGCUGGAAGCAUGCAUAGUGCUCGUUCUGUUGUAGCGCACCUGAAACUGAAGGUCGUCUGACUAGAAACUGAAGGCCCCGUUUGGAAACCCCUAGAUUCUA